AUGGAAGAGCUAGCCAAGUUAUUUCCUGAUGAAAUUGCUGCUGAUCAGAGUAAAGCAAAGAUUCUUAAGUAUCAUGUUGUGAAGACACCGAGAUCGGUUUACAAAAAUGUCCCAAAUUGUGAACCUUACCGACCUCUCCAAAGGUCACCGAUCGAAGGUUUCUAUCUGGUUGGUGAUUACACAAAGCAGAAAUACCUGGCUUCCAUGGAAGGUGCAGUUUUAUCUGGGAAGCUUUGCGUGGUGGCUAUAGCGGGCUAUAGCAGAUCCUUGGAACUUGCAUCCCUUUGCUGGUUCUUUUCUGAUUCAAAGAACCCAAUGGGGGAUGUGUCGUUGAAUCGACCCAUUAAAGCCGAGCCAACUGCCGGUGGCAUUGCCAAGGGGAAUCGAAUUCUGGACACGAUGUCAGCUGGGUGGACAGAUGAGAGACACAUGCUAUAUAUAAGCUCUAUGGAGGCUUCUUUUGUCGAUCAACUAUACAAUCAUGGAAACAAUCCGCAGAAUGCAAAUGGCACUGGCUUCAAGGUUCUCCGCAGGGGUGUGUGGGAGUACAUCAAGUAUGAGAAGACUAAUGCUCCUGUGAGAAGUGGGGCUAAAUGCUGCGUCCCUGUAAAUCCUUGGAUCCAGCAUUUCAGGCCACAUGAUUGCCGUAGUAACGCACAAAGUGAUGGGGUCGAGGCUUCAGUGGGCGAUCAUGAAUCGGGUACUCAGGCAAACCGGAAGAGCCUUUCUGUGUCUCAUGGAAGGGAAUGGGAAGCUUGUAAGGGAGAACCCCAGCUUCUUCAUGAAAGUACAGAGGUCUCUGAUCAAAAUUUUGCUGACGAUGAGGCUGAAGUUGAAGCAGAAUCAGUGAAAGCAUGCAAGAGGAGAUUAAGCAGCACUUCGCACUACCGUGAUGAAUGA